AUGGGCAAUCCGGGUGAUUACGGGAACAACAACAACGAGCCGCUGCUGCAGAAUGGGGGAGUCGACAACCCAUCAAAGCCAUCGGUCGUUUCACCAGCCGAACACGCCCAAUUCCGAUCGCGGGCCCUCUCAAAAGUGGCCAGUGAAGUCGACGGCGAGGACAAAAUAGAUUUUGAGGCGAUUGAAAAGGAGGCACGGGAAAUGGAGGUGAAACGGGAGCUCUCAAAAAUCGAGUACGACUGGCUGGCCACCGUCAUCGAGCGUUGCACAUUUGGAUUCUUUUUACUCGCAUUUUUCACAAUGUCUAUGGGCAUCAACAUCAUCGGGAUGUUGCACUUGUCCUGUAUCAGGUGGGAUGGUGCCUGCGGCACCAUUCCCUGCCACGCCCCC